UCUCCUUUGGAUUUGAGCCUCGACUUUGGAACGACCAAAAAUGUCCCACUCGAGGAUCUAAUGCCGCGAGAUGUCUCGUGAUAUGAUAUAGUAUGGAAUAAGAGUACUUCACAGGUUCGGUGAGCACAACGCGCAUGCGCAUGGUGAAAUUCGAUUUAGCGCGCGGCAGUUCGAUUGUGACAGAUCUCUAAAGAUGCUCAGAGAAAUACAGCAGGUAAUCUCUUAACAGUGUUGCGAUUGAUCAUGUGUCUGAGAAAGCAGAAACAACAGCACGAUCUAAAGACGACAGGAGGGCUUUUGGUACUUCUUUGGGCUGAUACAGGAGAUGCUGUUCAAAGUUUGUACUGCACCGUUGCAGCCGCUGGUCUAUGGUGCGCAGGGAUUAAAAUGGAAGAACUACAACCUGAUUUGAAAGAGAGCAUGAUUGACUGUGACUGGUCAUGUCCACAGCCCGACCCUGAGGAGCUGUGUGCAUUUACUGAACUGUACGGUUCUCUCAGACUGCUUCUGUCUUUUCAGAUGAAAGAUGUCACUCUUUUUAGCCCAGAGUGGUGUGCUCACAUAGAAGCGAUCCUGCACACAUUCAGUCUGACCAAUGCAAGGGUGAAAAUCCACCUCAAAUUCAAACUCGGUCAGAAUACCUUCCAGCGAGAAUUUAGAGGGAAGAUAAAGAGGAGAGUUGCAUGGGCAGGCCAUCCACCCCCAGUCUUGGAUGUCACUUGUGUUACACAGCCUCCAGAUUGUGUAAAGAAAGGAUGCUGGUGUCUGGGAGGUCACCCUGUCUGUGGAGGCCAGAUACCACUCAGUAUCCCUCCUGCAGCCAUGGAUCAGGGCCUGUUUGGGGAACUCCGCGUCCAGCCUGUCACACUCCUGAGCCCCUGUGUGCUGCAGUACCCACAUCUGUCAACACAGCUGACUCGCAUCCAAGUUUUGGUAUACGGCCCCAGUAAUGUCCCUGUCGCAGGCCCCUCCAUCUUCUUCCAGAACCUUCCUGCACAUCUGGACUGUCAGGAAAUGGGCCUGCACAGCCUCCACUGCUCCUUCUCUAAAGAUCUUGUGCACAGCAGUGGCACUGUGUACACUGUACAACAAGAAAACUGUGCAGAUCCAGAUCAAGAAUCAAAUGUUCCCCGAGUGCAGCAAGGCCUCCUGCUCCUCCUCUUCCUGCAGCACAGCGACCCUUUCACCAGCCAUCUCUCUGAUAUUAUGGUCACAGAGGCACUGAUAGAGCACCACCUGGAGGAUGUUCUGAAGCACAACAGGCAGGCGUUAACAUCAGUCCUGCAGACUGAGCUAAGGAACACACAGAAAGCCCAAGAGCGCAGACAAAAACAACAAGAUAAGCUGCAUUCAGCUGCUGAAGUGAUUCUCAGUUCAUCCAUCAGUAUUGUGAGUAGCAGCAGUAACGUGGACUUCAGAAACACCUGUUUGAACUGCAUGAAGGUGCGUGACACUCAUGACUUGUCAGCCUCCCUACGUGAAUCACUGCGGAGAGUCACAGUGUGGAAAUUUGUCUCAAGGGUUGGAUGCUACUCAAAUAGGAUGGAAGAACAUCUGGAGAAUGACGAGCCAACAAGAACAGAAAUCUGAGAAUGUGUGUCUUGAAAGAGUUCUGUUAUGGGUGAAGGCUGCUGAAGCAGUUUACAUUAGUUAUUUGUUUUAAAGCACAGUGUGUUGUGACUGUGCAAGCAAAAUAAAUACUUGUUUAAACUUUC